AUGUCUGCCGUUCAACUCAAGUUCUCUCUUCGGACCUCCUCCAACUGCAAGACCGUCCAUCUGCUUGGCUCCUGGGACAACUACUCCCGCCAGAUUCCCCUCUCCCGGGAUGACUCCAAGCCAGGUGCAUGGAUCGGCAAGUUCCGCUUCCAGACCUCGAUGCUCAAGCUGGGCGGCCGCUACUGGUACUACUACAUCAUGGAUGGGUACCACGUCUCCCAUGACCCCGCUGUCGACUACACCGUCGAGCCCACCACCGGCCGUAAACUCAACAUCCUCGACGUCCCCGGCGGUGGCAGCAGCAGCAGCAAGAAGUCCUCUGUCCCGGCACCCACCAAGACCCGACGCACGUCCGGCGACGUUCCCACCGGCCGGGCGCUGUCUCCCUCCAAGAUCCAGCACCCCAAGCCGUCCAAGCCGUACGCGUCGCGCCAGAUCCGCGAGUCAGACUUCGCUCCCACCAUGCAAGACCUCACCGAGCGGUUCGCCGACUCCCGUCUCUCCGACGAGUACUCGUACUCCAACAGCCCGCCCAGCUCUGCCGGCUCGUCCCUGUCGUCCCGCUCCUCGCGGUCGUCCGGCAGCACCUCGCCCUCGUCGCUCUCGUCCAUGAGCGACCCGCCCACGCCCAUCUGCCGCUGCGAACGCUACGGCAUCACCCGCAAGGGCGACCGCGUCAAGCUCGACUGCGGCGGUAGUCGAUGCGGCUACGUCACCGAGUCGUCCGAGGCCAGCUGCUCCGAGUCCGACAGCGACGAGGAGUACCGUCGGGCUCGCAGCGGUGUCUGUCGUCAGGGCAUCGUUGUUCGUCGGUAG